AUGGCCUCAGGCCUAGUGAAGGCUGCCAGCGCCAGAAGGAAGAUUUUCCUGGCCCAGCCCCCAUCCUACCUAAGUCACCGCCUCUCAGCCUCUGAACACCUGUUGGAGGGCUGCUGCGUGCCACGGCAAAGUCCUGCGUCCCUCUCACCCAGCAGAAAGCGCCACAGAGCGCUGCGCACGUGGAAGUCCCUCGACCGCUCUGAUGGGAGAACGGCAUCCUUAGAUCGCGCCCAGUCCUGCCUCCCCACAGCUUUUCCUGCUGAUGUUGGCGAGAAGGGGGGAGGAGCAAGGGAGCGUCUCGGAACACGGGCCUGCCCCGGGCCAUUAAAGGCUGGGAGGUGGGCGCGUGGACCCCGGGGCACCACUUCCCCGUCGCCACCCCGACCCCCGUCUUCGGCGAUCCUCGCCACCAGGCCGAGGGAGGCGCAGGCCUGGUCACCUGUUCCAAAUCCAGGGCCCCGCGCUCCGGCGAAGGCGCGCGCGGGCAGCCGCCCCUCCCGGGCCCUCGUCUCCGACUUUCCCCCCGAGCUGCAGGUGUGCGUGUUCUGCCGGAACAACAAGGAGGCCGUGGCGCUCUACACCACCCACGUCCUGAAGGGCCCCGACGGCCGAGUUCUGUGCCCGGUGUUGCGCCGCUACACGUGCCCCCUGUGCGGCGCCAGCGGCGACAACGCCCACACCAUCAAGUACUGCCCGCUCUCCAAAGUGCCGCCGCGCAGCGCCAGGGACGGCCUGACCGGCAAGAAGCUGCGCUGA